GCAGUUGCUACUUUCAGUCUGUGACAGCUGCCUGAGUCGGACUCCACAUUCAGAAUUGGCCGAUGCCGGAUUCUUACCGACUGAGGCAGGCGUGUGUCUAUAUUUAGAGGGGACAGGAUUAAAUUGCAGCAGGCAAGCGGGGGCUUCAGACUGGGAACUUUUCUUUGCUCUGCCUUUUCUUCCCUGGACUGGGUGCCAAAAGGACCUGUGGCCACCAUUUCGUACCGUCCGCAAGCCACUGAUUUCUCCACACCAUGGACCCUGUAGCCAUCAAGGAGGAGCUGCGCCUCUUUCAGAGCACCUUACUCCAGGAUGGACUCAAGGAGCUGCUGAACGAGAACAAGUUUGUGGACUGCACUCUGAAAGUGGGAGACCGGAGCUUCCCCUGCCACAAACUCAUCAUGGCCGCCUGCAGCCCCUACUUCAGGGAGAUAUUGUUCUCAGAAGACGGCACAGAGGUGAAAGCCACCAAGGAAGUGGUCCUGGACGACGUCAACCCCUCCAUUUUGGACAUGAUCAUCACCUAUCUGUACUCGGCAGAGAUCGACCUCACUGAUGACAAUGUGCAGGACAUAUUUGCGGUGGCCAAUCGUUUCCAGAUUCCUUCGGUCUUCACCGUGUGCGUUAACUAUCUUCAGAAAAAGCUGUCUCUGACCAACUGCCUGGCUAUCUUCAGGAUGGGCCUGGUCCUCAAUGUGCCCCGGUUGGCUAUAUCUGCCCGUGACUACAUCGCGGACCGCUUCGAGAUCCUCUCCAAAGACGAGGAGUUCCUUCAGCUGGCCCCUCAUGAACUUUUUGCCAUUAUCGGUGGUGACUCGGUCAACGUGGAGAAAGAAGAGGUGGUGUUCGAGGCCCUCAUGAACUGGGUCCGCCACGACAAGGAAAAACGUGCGAAGGUACUAAGCGACGCCUUUGAGUGCAUCCGCUUCCGCCUGAUGCCGGAGAAAUACUUCAGCGAAAAGGUCGCAGCGGACGAGAUUAUCAAGGCUGACCCGGAGCUCAUGAAGAAAGUCCAGGCGGUCAAAGACGCCUUCCAGGGAAAGCUCCCGGAGAAGACGAAGAAGGAAGCCGGUGAAGUAGGGGAGGAUGGCAAAGGUGACGAGGCCGAAGAGGAGGACCUUUUCCCCGGUUUCCUGAAUGACAACCGUCGCCACGGCAUGUACACCCGCGAGCUGAUCCUCAUGAUCAACGACACGGCGGCGGUGGCGUACGACGUCAACGAGAACGAGUGUUUCCUGACAGCCUUGUCGGAACAGAUCCCCCGGAAUCACGUCAGCCUGACGUCACAGAAGAACGAGCUUUACAUUGUCGGAGGACUGUUUGUGGACGAGGAGGACAAGGACGCCCCCCUACAGUGCUACUUCUAUCAGUUGGACACUCUUGCAGCUGACUGGGUAGCCCUCCCCCCUAUGCCCUCCCCCAGAGCUCUCUUCAGCAUGGGGGAGAGUGAACACCUGCUUUUCGUCAUUGCCGGAAAAGACCUGCAGAGCAACGAUUCCCUGGACUCCGUGAUGUGCUACGAUGUCCAGAAGAUGAAGUGGAGUGAGACCAAAAAGCUUCCCCUGAAGAUCCACGGCCAUUCCGUGGUCUCUCAUAAAGGCCUGGUGUACUGCCUUGGAGGAAAGACAGAUGACAACAAAGCCCUGAACAAGAUGUUUGUGUACAACCACAAGCAGUCAGAGUGGAGGGAGCUGGCUGCCAUGAAGACGGCCAGGGCCAUGUUUGGAGCCACCGUUCACAAUGGGAAGAUUGUGGUGGUGGGUGGAGUCAACGAGGAAGGCCUCACUGCUGCGUCUGAAGUCUACAACUUUGGAACAAACAAAUGGGAAGAGUUUACUGACUUCCCCCAGGAGAGAAGCUCAGUAAACCUCCUGAGCAGUGGUGGGAGUCUGUUUGCUGUGGGAGGCUUUACCAUCAUCCAGAAUGACAACAAGGAGAUGGUACCGGCCGAGGUCACUGAUAUCUGGCAGUUUGAGGAGGACAAGAAGGAAUGGGGUGGGAUGUUGAGAGAGAUGCGUUAUGCUGCCGGGGCCUCCUGCGCAUCCAUGCGCCUCAACGUUGCCAAGAUGCCCAAACUCUGAGGCUCCACCCGAGGCUCCGCCCGAGGCUCCGCCCGAGGCUCCGCCCGAGGCCCCCUCGUGAUCUCUGGCGGUCGCUAACGCCGACCUCCCCAGGUUGUCUUUUUACCUCAGCAGUACCGACGGCGCACUGUGGCAUGCCAUCUCAAAUUCGGACUCCUGCCGGUUGAUCGUGUCCUGAGCAUCUGCUUUGCUUCAGUGAAAACUGCAUUGUUAUAGUUUAUAAACCCAAACGAUUGUACUA